AGACCCAGCAACAGUGCGCCAUGUUGGGGGCUCGGAUCGUGUUGGCGGCGAUGGCCGCAGAGGCCGCGAUGGCCUUCAACUGUAUGUCUCCUGCGACUGCCUUCCGAUCUUUAUCACGAGUGCAUUCCCAUCCCGCUCCCCGCUCUGCAAGACUGGGGCUGCUUCGAAUGGCCGGCGGUUCGCCUAUGGCAGCAGCAGACGAGAAAAGAAGGGAGGGCAGUGCGGACAAGUUUGCUCUUUUGUUCGACUGUGACGGGGUGAUUGUGUUGACUGAAGAGCUUCAUCGCCUUGCUUAUAAUGGUGCGUUCCAAGACUAUUCUGCCGAGAUCAACGGCCAGCCGGUGAAUUGGUCUGUGGAGUACUACGACGUGCUGCAGAACACCGUGGGUGGAGGCAAACCCAAGAUGAAAUGGCAUUUCAACAACAACGGCUGGCCGACAUCCAAGCUUGGCGGAGUGCCGAGUAGCGAAGAUGAUCAGAACAGACUGAUUGAUGAGUUGCAAGACAAGAAGACAGAGAUCUAUAAGAAGAUAGUCAACGAAGUGGCCGAGGCGAGACCUGGAGUCCUCAGCUUGAUGGACGAGGCGAUCAAGACUCCCGGCAUUGCCGUCGGUAUCUGCUCGGCUGCUACGAAAGCUGGAUUCGAGCAGGUUGUGAACUCUGUCGUCGGGACGGAGCGCUUGUCCAAGCUGGAUGUUGUCAUUGCAGGCGAUGAUGUGCCGAGAAAGAAGCCUGAUCCUAUCAUCUACCAGUUGGCUUCUGAGAGAAUUGGAGUUCCUCCAUCACGAUGCAUUGUCGUGGAAGAUUCGCUUGUGGGGCUUCGUGCUGCCAAAGGAGCCGGAAUGAAGUGCAUCAUCACGUACACGGAGUCGACCAAAGAUCAAGAUUUCUAUGGAGAAGGAGCAGACGCAGUUGUAGCCGAUCUCUCACAGGUUGGUAGGUUCGCCAGUCACGCGGAUUGA